AGAAGUAAUGCCAGGGGUUCGUGGAGAGGAGAAUCCAGUUCCAGAGAGGAAGCAAGAGGGAGGUUUUGGAGAGACAGGACCUGUCUGUACCUUGUGUCAUGAUUACAGGAAGCCUAACAGCUAAGGUCUCCAUCCACUUCGACCUCAGCUUGGAAGAAUGCCACCAUCACCUCUGUGCUUUGAAACCGCUCGACAGGUGGAAUUCACACCCCAUCGUGUUUAAAAUGGGGUCCCAACGACCCACGGGCCAGAACUCCUGAGGGGGUUAGUUCAAACGCAUUUAUGAUAAACGCCUUGAAAACUGAAAAGAUGCCGCUUCUGGUCUGGCGCACGUGGAAUGACUGGACCUGCCCGGGUCAAGGCCAGGGGACUCUCCCACCAGGGCUGCUGGAUGGUUGUCUGGAGCGCGUCCCACCCUCAGGAGGUAACCCAAUGCGCAACUGCUUGACGUUGUUUCCACCAGAGGCGACUCCUAAGUGAAAGAUCACGGUGGUUCCAGGGCGGGAACCCUGAGUCCCGCCAACCCGGCCGCGGGCCGACCCUACCAGCGCCCCCAACCCGGGUCAGCCCCUCCUCGCACGCCGGCUAGGAGAAGAAGGUGGAGCAUCCAGGCUCCCGCAGCCAAUGAACGCAGCGGCUCCCUGGUCCGAUCCCCGGCGCGGCUCACCAUUGGUCGCCGCCUGGGUCUCGGCCCACCGAACCUUGGCGACCCAAGCCAAUCGCGAGGCGGCGGGCCCGACUUACAGGCUCUCGGGGCGGCGGCGGCAGGCUCUGAGCCGGCGGAGCGGGCUGCCGUGACGGGCGGCGUGAGCCCGCACCCUCCCGCGCGGCGCGCCGCGACACCAUGGAGCCCGCCGUGUCGCUGGCCGUGUGCGCGCUGCUCUUUCUGCUCUGGGUGCGAGUGAAGGGACUGGAGUUCGUGCUCAUUCACCAGCGCUGGGUGUUCGUGUGCCUCUUCCUGCUGCCUCUCUCGCUCAUCUUCGACAUCUACUACUACGUGCGUGCCUGGGUGGUGUUCAAGCUGAGCAGCGCGCCGCGCCUGCACGAGCAGCGCGUGCGGGACAUCCAGAAGCAGGUACGAGAAUGGAAGGAACAGGGCAGCAAGACCUUCAUGUGCACGGGCCGUCCCGGCUGGCUCACCGUCUCACUGCGUGUUGGGAAAUACAAGAAGACCCAUAAGAACAUUAUGAUCAAUCUGAUGGACAUCCUGGAGGUGGACACCAAGAAGCAGAUUGUUCGAGUGGAGCCCUUGGUGUCUAUGGGUCAGGUGACAGCUUUGCUGAACUCCCUUGGCUGGACCCUGCCUGUGUUGCCUGAGCUCGACGACCUCACCGUGGGGGGCCUGAUCAUGGGCACAGGCAUCGAGUCGUCCUCCCACAAGUACGGCCUGUUCCAGCACAUCUGCACUGCAUAUGAGCUGAUCCUCUCAGACGGCAGCUUUGUGCGCUGCACGCCGUCUGAAAACUCAGACCUUUUCUAUGCUGUGCCCUGGUCCUGUGGGACCUUGGGUUUCCUGGUCGCUGCCGAGAUCCGUAUCAUCCCUGCCAAGAAAUACGUCAAGCUGCGGUUUCAACCAGUUCGGGGCCUCGAGACCAUCUGUGAAAAAUUCACCCGCGAGUCCCAGCGACCGGAGAACCACUUCGUGGAAGGAUUGCUGUACUCCCUAGAUGAGGCUGUCAUCAUGACGGGGGUCAUGACGGAUGACGUAGAACCCAGCAAGCUGAAUAGCAUCGGCAAUUACUACAAGCCGUGGUUCUUCAAGCAUGUGGAGAACUACCUGAAGACGAACCAGGAGGGCCUCGAGUACAUUCCCCUGCGGCACUACUACCACCGCCACACGCGCAGCAUCUUCUGGGAGCUCCAGGAUAUCAUCCCUUUUGGCAACAACCCCAUCUUCCGCUACCUCUUUGGCUGGAUGGUGCCCCCCAAGAUCUCCCUCCUGAAGUUGACCCAGGGCGAGACUCUCCGCAAGCUGUACGAGCAGCACCACGUGGUUCAGGACAUGCUGGUGCCCAUGAAGUGCAUGGCUCAGGCCCUGCACACUUUCCAGAACGACAUCCACGUCUACCCCAUCUGGCUGUGCCCGUUCAUCCUGCCCAGCCAGCCAGGACUGGUGCACCCCAAGGGAGAUGAGGCUGAGCUCUACGUGGACAUUGGGGCGUAUGGGGAGCCACGCGUGAAGCACUUCGAGGCCAGGUCCUGCAUGAGGCAGCUGGAGAAGUUUGUGCGGAGUGUGCACGGGUUCCAGAUGUUAUACGCCGACUGCUACAUGAACCGGGAGGAGUUCUGGGAGAUGUUUGAUGGCUCCUUGUACCACAAGCUGCGCAAGCAGCUCGGCUGCCAGGACGCCUUCCCUGAGGUGUACGACAAGAUCUGCAAGGCGGCGAGGCACUGAGCGGGGCACCUCGGGAGCCAGAUGCAUGGGAAUGGACUUGUUCUCCCUCACUCCAGCGUCUCUGCUUUCCCAGAUUUCAGAAAGAAACCCCUCCAGAAAUCUCCAGGGCAGCUCAGGCAAGCGGAAGGAAGGAAGCGCACGGGAUCUGGAGUCAUACAGUCCUAAGUCCCGCUCCCAGGUUAGCCACUCAUUAGCCGUGCGACUCUGACUCUGGGCUGGUCACUUGGCCCCUCUGUGCCCUGUGUUCAUCUGUGAAAAGAGGUAAAAAUUCCUACCUGUGGGCCAUCAUCUGCACAAAGGGCUGGUUGUGUGGGAAGAGCUUCACGAGUGGCAGCCAUGGCCACAGCUUCCCGUUCAACCUCACACCUGAUUCCUGCUCCCCACGGGUCACCUGUGCACAGGUUUGGCUGGCAUGAUGAAGGGGGUGCCCUGGGGUUGCACCUGCAUUGCCUGCAUCAGCCACAAGAGCCCUUCAUGGGGGCAAAGGAGGUUCCUUCUUCCCCCGGACCUCAGGGGGGGCCACAUGAUGGGCAGGCAGGCCCAGGAUGUGCUGUGCCAAAGCCAGGUCCAGUCCAAAGUCCUCUCUGCCAUCUUUGGGCCAUCCUGCCCCUUCUUCCUGUGUGCGCAGGCCCGAGGGUCACCCCAGCCAUCUCACUGGGCCCACUCAGGACUGUUCCUGGAAAAAGACGUCUCAAGAUGGGAAGCCUGGCCUUCCUGGGCUUUCCUUUCUUGACUCCCUCCAUCCAGACCUCCUCUAAGAUCCACUGAGUCACAAUGGGGGCACAUGCUCAUGACUGUGUCACAUAGGGGUGGUUCCCACACUGAGUAAGAAAGGGGUGUCUGCCCUGUGCUACUGUGAGGACCCUCCCUGGGGUUGGAAGGAAAGCUUCCAGGGUCACUCAUUCCCCCCCGUUAUGUUCCCCCACCCCCAGCUCUAGUUAAUUUCAGUGCCUUACAAAUCCUAAGCUCAGAGAAAGUUAGCUCCAUUUCCGUUCCAGAGGGAGGGGCCACUAAGGCCCCUCUGCCUUGUUAGUGAAGUGUGGUUGGUUAUACAGCCCCACCUUCAGAACUGCCUGGCCUGGCUGAAAACCCAGAGUCUCCCGGGGGGGGGGGGGGGGGGAAUCAAGUCCUGGAAGAGAAGCCAGAAUUCAAGAGCUGAGCUGGUCACAGUCCCCACUAAGCUGCUGUUUUCUCAAGUCUCAUUGAAACGUCAGAGCUCCUGAAGCCUUUCUGUGUUAGACAGUAGAAAGCCUAGUGUUAGAAGCUGGGGGAACAUAAACGAUCCAGGUGACAGUUAGGGACUGUCCAUCAUCUCGAGUUCUUCCUCCCACCCCCAAGCAGCUCCCCUGUCAUUUUCAUCUCUCUGGCACAUGCCAGAACCCUUAAGAGUCAUACUUUAAUUGAAGGAUGCUCACUGAUGCCUCCAAGAGCUGUCAUGACAUACCGCACAGUGCCAGUGUGGUCCUGUGAAGGCUGGAGCACUUGUGGCCGCUGGAAGGCGGAGGAACCACCACAUCCUCUUGGCCUGUGAAGGAAGUAGUCUUCACCUAGCUGUCUGUGCAGCGUGCAUUCUUGGCACGGGCUCUCUUGGUGGUCCGUGUGCAUCCUCGUCCUCACCGACUAAUGACUCUGCUUGCUGCAGAUGAAUGGUCGAUGCGAGCUAGGUUAGUUAGCGUGAUAUCUGAAGUACCAUCGUUCCACCGCUUGAGCCUCCAUCCCAGAGCCACUGGGACUGUGGUAGUGAUGCCAGCAACCUGUGUCACCCUAAAGAGCCAAAUUCUAGCCCACCACAGACACGCCCCAGGACCUGGGAAGGGAAGGGAUUUUUUUAAUCACAUUAGCUUCAGGUUAGUGUUUGGCUCCAGUAAUAUCUUGCCUGAAAAGUGGCCGGUCGUCUUCCAAGCGUGGUGAGCUGGGUCCCAGGUUUUCCUCACAAGCCAGUCCUGUCAUUGUCCAGCCAUCCAGGGGCUUGGUGGUCACCUCGCUGCUGCAGGACAGUGCAUGUGGGAUGCCAGAGCAAGCCUCUCCCCUCCGUGACUCUGGUUUCUUGGCUGCAUGAAGGUGUUCUGGAAAGUCAGAGUUGUAGCCACCGCCUGACUGGAAAGCUGAAUUGGCUGUUACUGGAAGGGAAGAGGGGGAGGGGUGGCUGUGGCAGUGUGGUUUUUUUUUGUUUGUUUGUUUGUUUUUUUGUUUUAAUUUGGUCAUGGGGACCAAGGAGAAGGCAUGACUCCCCCUGGUCAGGCUCUUGCAGCCUCAGGCGCUGUGCCUACUCUCCAGAACACACGUCCCUGUGGCUGUGGGGCCACCGCUUCUGUAAAAAUAAAAUACGGCCUGGAAGCUA